AUCAUCAGCAUCAGACGAGUUAUCAUCAGCAUCAGAUGUGUUAUCAUCAGCAUCAGAUGUGCUGUCAUCAGCGUCAGAUGCCAUGACGACCUGUGAAAUAAAGGAGGAGGUGGUGGGGCAGGUUCUGGAAAGUCAGGCAGCAAAGAAGUGGGGAUGGACACCAUCCCUCCCAAAAGUAGUUGUUGGCGAGAAAAGUGUGGUCUCCAACACCUCCCUCCCUAAGCUCCGUAAGGUCAGAGCAUAUAGCCUUGACCUUUUUUAACUUACUUGUCUUUCUUUAACGCAGCCGCCAAUAGCGGGCGGAAGGGGGACUGGAGCUCAGUUCCAUCGUCUGAUCUCAUUGAUCGUCGUGGUAGGAGGACUAAAUGGAAGCAGCCAUCGUCGAGUGUCUCCAUUGUACUUCUGGGUAGUGGCUGGAAGCAGGUCAGGCAUGCCACCCGGACUCAAUACAAACCCUUAUCUUCCUUCGCCAUGGCGCUGAGAUCAGGGUGGGGGUGCGGGUAGCCCCCCUUCGCACCUCCCUGGCUCCCACGGAACCGAGUUGUGACAUGUCUUUCUGCCGAGUCCUCCAACUACAGCACUGGGUGGGAUAUAGUUCCUGAUCAGCGGCGCGAUUGACGACCUGCACCCACCAUCGCCACAACCACCCGCCCCAGCUCCCCACCCCGCCCUCACCCAUAGCCACCCGCGGCGAGAAGGCCUUUGUGGCUGUAGGGUAAGCCAGUAAGCCAGGUAAGUGUGUUGCUAUGCGCGCCGUGGGUGCGACAGGCUGCCUAGCGCCAAGGACGUGUACCCGCAUGACAGUGAGUCACGGACUGGAGUGACCUCCCUUGUGUGUCAUCUCGUGUGUCGUGAGUGUCGUGAGUGUCGUGUCUCCUCCACUUCCUCUGGCACAGAGUCUCAAACAACACCAUCGUACUACAGGGUACCCGAGGCUGGUUUAGGUGUGACAACAAACACACCUGGCUUCUACCCGAAGGUUCUAAAGCUAAGACCGCGCCGUCACCUUGUCUUGUGGAGUCUGUGGAGUCUGUGGAGCCUGUGGAGCCUGUGGAGCCGUGUACAACCCUCUUCCCUCAGUGAGAUGUCGGCCGCGACCUUAACCGCGCGGCUGAAGGAUCCGCGCACGUGCCGCGUGUUCGUGUCGUCACCCUUCAACGGCCUGGAGCGCGAACGUCAGGAGCUGGUCACGCGCUACUUCCCGCAGUUGUCGGCCCUGUGCCAGGAGCGCGGAGUGCAGUUCGUCGCCGCCGACAUGCGCUGGGGCAUCACUGAGGCCGCGUCACGUGACCACCAGGUCGUCAGCAUCUGUCUGCGCGAGAUCGACCGGUCUGACAUCUUCCUGGGGCUGUAUGGCCAGCGUUACGGAUGGCAUGGCGCCAAGGAUGAGGCAUUACAGAGCAACUUGCAGCUGGCCCAGAAGCAGUACCCAUGGCUCAAGAAGGUGCGGGACCGGAGUGUCACUGAGGUGGAGUUUCUACACGGUCACCUGAACUCACCUGGCAUCAUGCCUGCUGCCUUUGUCUUUAGAAGUAAGAGCUACGACUCACGCAUGGCAGAGGUCAAGGGGUCGAGUGACACAGAGCAGUCAUACAAGUUCGUGGCCGAGAACCCACAAGCAGAGCAGCUCCUCAAGCAGCUGAAGGAGAGAGUUGUUAGAACUACAGACAAGUGUCUCGCUGUCCACGAGAACUACAGCUCACCGGAGGAGGCCGCCAGGCUGCUCUUUGAGGCUGUGAAGCGCCACCUGGAGUGCGUGCUGCUCCGGAACACAAAGGCACAGAGUAGGCGAGACCUUGACCUUGCUUGCCACGACGCCCACAUCGCGAGUAGGACGUCCAUCUACAUCAGAGACGCUGGCUACUUCAGGGAGCUGGACCACAAACUUCAAAAAGGGGGUGGCGGUCAUCUGGUGAAGGGUCCACCCGGCAGUGGCAAGACGGCGCUGGUGUGCAACUGGCUGGAGAGUGUCAGGAGGAAGAAGUCCCAUCACCUGGUUUACCACUUUGUCGGGUGCAGCAGAGACAACGCUAACGUGGCGUCACUCAUUUCUCGGUUGACGCGAGAGUUUGAGCGGCUGGCGGGCUCGCCGAGGCCUGAGGAAAGUCUGUGGGAGGUCCAGGACAGAGACGAGGACUGCGGCGAUCUGGCCGACAAGCUGCAAGACAUGGAGGUCGCCCUCGGCAAAGCAUCUCACCGCAAGAAGAUGGUCAUCAUCAUCGACGGACUGCAUCGCCUGGAGAAGAUGUCGCGCACCUCCAAGACGCUGUUCUGGCUGCCAGUCCACAUACCCGAGACGGUGACUGUCAUGGUGACGUGUCGAGAGGACUGUGAGGAGGUCAUUCGAGAACUGACAGAAGUGCGAAGAUAUAGCGUCACCAACAUCCGGCCGCUGAGACUACAAGAGCGACAACAGCUAUGUGUGGAGACACUGAAGCAGCGCAGCAAGGAGCUGAGUGGUGCUCAGCUCAAAACCAUCGUGGAGGCGGAGCAGACACGGAACCCGCUGUUCUUGAGGAUCCUUCUCUCGGAACUUUGUACAUUUGGGAAUUUCCGACAAUUGGACCAAAAGAUUUUCUCCCUUGUGCAAGCUCGCAGUGUGACAGAGCUGUUUGACCAGCUCCUGGAUCGUCUGGAGCAGGACUACAAUACAGACUACGGCACCAAUCUCACACAACAGGUGAUGUGCGGACUGACCCUGGCCCGGAAGGGGUUGAGUGAGUGCGAGAUAAGGUCGAUCUUCAGCAUCCCGGCCCUCGCUUGGUCUCCGCUCUACUUCGCCAUCAAAGAUUUCCUCAUCGACUACUCCGGCCUGCUCAGGCUGGCGUUCGGAGAACUGGAGGAAGCGGUCAGCAAGAGGUACCUGUCCAGCCAUCAGACCAGACAGAAGCUGGUCAGCGCCAUGGUGGUCUACUUUGAGCAGCAACGCCAGGCCUGGCCACUCCACAUCGAGAUGGGGAGCGCGCUAGUGGCACGCGUGACGCAGGAGCUGCCAUGGUUACUGCGGUUGCUAGGCGACAAGGAUCGUCUGGCUCAGCUUCUUCUUGACCCCACCAUCUUCGGUCGUCUGUUUGUAGACGAGCAGUUCGAGUUGCUAGAGUUAUGGCGCAUGACUGGCCGUUCGGGUGAGCAGGUGGCGCAGCUGUACGUGGACGCCAUCACGGCGCGAGGGCGACACCUGGCAACUGAGGCACAACAAAAGGACCUGAACCAAGUCAUCGAUAUUGUCCUCCUGUCCUAUUUAGACAUCUUGUCCCAGUUCCUGGAAGUCGGUCACUUCACAUCGGCUCAGGAGAGAGUGCUGCUACUGCGACUGGAAAUUCUGGAGCGCCUGGGGAGCGACAUGGAGGAGCGGCGGCGGCUACGGCUGCUGGGUCACGUGCGCCUGAAGCUGUCUCACCUGUACGCCGACCUGGGCAGGUUCCAGGAAGCUCAGGCGCUACAGGAUGAUGUCCUGCAUUAUCGCCUCAGGGUGGUUGAGACCGGAAGUGUAGAGGCGGUAGAGGCUGCCAAAGACCUGGCAGUCUGCUAUCAUGCCAUCGGCCUUCUCAGCUCAAAGAUGGGCGACAUAGACAAGGCCAUCGAUUAUUACCGGAAGUCGAUGGAGGUGCAGGAGAAGCUACAGAACCCUCUGGAGCUGGCGGACAGCAUGAACAACCUGGGCGUGAUGCUGAUGAAGAGGGGAGACUACCAGCGGGCCGCCGACCUUUGCUCCAGAGCCCUUAAGGUUUACGAGAAGGAGUACUUCGGUCAUCUGCCACCUAUUAUCGGCGUCAUGAUCAGUAACAUCGCCGUUUGCUACAGCAGUCUCGAUCGUCUCGAUGAGAGCGAGAAGAUGUACCGGAAAGCUCUACAGAUCGCCGAGCGGGCUCUGGGGAGAUCCCACCCCAACGUGGCAACGGCCUUGACCAACCUGGGUACCCUGCAGUCCAAGAGACAGCGGUAUGCUGAGGCCAAGGGUCACUUCAAGGAGGCGCUGACUAUUCACAAGGCUUGUUUGACUCCGCCUGCUAACCUAGACUUUUUCAAGACUCAAGAAAAAUAUGUCUGGGUGCUCUUGAAACUGGAGGAACAAGACACUGCCUUGUCGGAAUUCCAACAGCUUUGUGCCCAGAGUGAGGCCGGAGACCUGCUCACCCACGCCUGGCCCCCGGUGUGGAGCGAGAUGGUGGCUGUCCUGCUGGCCCGGGGCCAAGCGGCCAGAGCUGCUUCCUUGGCGGCCAAGCUGCUGACGAAGGGCGUGAAACACGAGUCGCUGUACAUUACUUUGAGCAAGGCAGACAGCGCCGCCACCGCCAAGGUCGCCCGACCAAGGGAGAUGACUGUUGACUAUGCUCUUGAACAGUCUCCCGAAAAUCUCGAACUUUUCAAGUACCAGGUGAAAGAGGUGUUCCUGCCAGCUGGUGAGGUCACGGGGCUGCUGGCGCUGCUGGACAGGUCAAGCCAAACGUUGGGUUCAGACGUGUACCACCUGGCCAUCACCUGGUGCCGAGAACAAAACAAACAGGAGAUGAGCUGCUGUCUGUCGUCAUGCAUCGGACAUGUUUCCGUCUGACUUGAACUUUGCCACACAAGCUGCAGUCCUGCUCAACGACCUUCAGAACUAUGGUGAGGCGGCAGAGUACGGGAUGCGCGUGCUCAGCAUCAAACCUAAUGACGUCAGCGUUGGUCUCUUUGUGGGCGAGCUGCAGCUCCGCAAUGGACGGCCCAUGAAAGCAAAACAAAUUUUUCAGAAUUUGGAAAAGUGCAGUCCGGGCCGUGAAGAGCUCGUCCAGGUGAGACAAGGACUAGAAGUCGCAGACUUGAUGAUGAAACAAAACAAGUGACAUCGUCAGUGUAUCCACUGCACGGCUGUGCCAUGUCACUACUGUCAUGUCACAUGUCCAGCACAGGUAACUGCAGCAGCUCCGGCAGAUGUCUACACACUGUCACAGACUUCUUACAGCGACGUGUCACUGACAGACAGCACUGAGUGUCGCGAGAAGCAGUGGGCCAUAGUGCUGCUCCCUUCUAAAUGUUGUCAUCGCGCUCAGAGGUGUUUAAUGAACAAUGAACAGUGAACAGAUCUUUCCGUACCAUGGUAACAAAAAUGUGUUUGAGAAAUGAGAACCGCCAAGAGAAUCAACAAAUGAGACGACUAUGUGGUGUCCCCUUCAGCCAAGCCAAGCUUCCACUCUUCUCUGCCCCAGCCUGAACUUCAGACGAGUUUAGUAGGUACCUGUGUGAGUACCUUAUAUAGAUAUAGUGAUCGGUUUAAAUAUUGUGUACAUAUAUAUAUAUCUGAAGGGCCUUGAGAUUAGGUUCUGAACUUCACCACUAACGUCAUUGCAUGUGUGAAUGUGUGGUGAUCAGGCUCAACCCACUAACACUAACCCUUGAAUUCUUAUGCCAGAGCUUGUGUGAUUGACAGAAACUUUAAUUCACCUUUUAAUCUUGUGUAUAAUUAUUUUCAUACAUUAUUGUACCUGACGUGUGUACCGCAGCCAUGUGUUAUUUGACAAUGUAAUUCUUGUUAAGUGCUUUGUAGGAAAACAUCGACCCGAGGCCUUUGUGUUGUAUAGUAUGUAUUUGGUGUUUUGUUUGUUUAAGUGCAGCAACAAUCUACAUCUCUG